AUGGGAUUCAUGCUGGCCCAGGCCUUCCACCCUUCCAUGCGUCAUGCAGCGCCGGUGCGUCGGGAAAUUGGCAUCCGAACUGUAUUUAAUAUCCUGGGUCCGCUGACCAACCCGGCCCGAGCCCAGUGUAUGCUCCUUGGUGUGGCCUUUCCCCAGUUGGGGGAGUUUAUGGCUGAGGCGUUGAGGCUGCUGGACAUACAGCACGCCCUGGUGGUACAUGGCGAGGACGGAAUGGACGAAAUUACUCUGUCCGGCACUACCACCGUAUGGGAGGUACAGGACGGGGAGGUUAAGAACUGGACCAUCGACGUAGCUGACACGGGCUUGUCCAGAGCCACCACCGACGAGCUUAAAGGAGGCACCGCCUACGAGAACGCAGCCACCAUGCGCCGCCUGUUCCGGGGUGAAGGCGGACCCCUGCGCGAUGCCGUGCUACUGAACAGCGGGGCCGCCCUGGUGGCAGGUGACAAGGUAAGCUCCCUGAACGAUGGCAUCGCCGUGGCCGCUCAGGCCAUAGACGGCGGUAAGGCUCUGGAAACGGUGGACGUUUUGGUGGAGGUUAGCCAGAAGGCUGGGUAG